AUGGAUGGUUUUACUGAUUCAUCAAAUGCUGAACGUUUUUAUUUCGGUGGUUUAACACAUGUUCACAGAACAUUUGAAAUCGAUAAAGCAUGGCGUCAUAUUGGACGUAGUGUUAAAUUGUUUCAUAUACUUGAAAAUGUCUUUGCUGAAUAUAUAUUAGAUAAUUCUGUGUUUGUUCAAAAUCCAAUAACAAAUCAAAUAUUAUUAUGA